GACUAUCACAUGACCAGAUUCACUUUUGAACACAUAUAAAAGAUCAGCCUCGGUGUGUUCGAAGCAGGAACAAAAGCCAGUGAAGCAUAUUUUCAUAGGAGUUCCGAUCUGAUCUUAGCUCAACUGUAACCAAGGAGGACAAUGAUAUACAGAAGACUAUUAGUAGUGCUGCUGUUCUAUUGUGCCUCGGCCUUCAGAAGCUAUAAGACUAAAAUCCCUAACGGAAACUUGGUGCCCCACCCUUGCAAAGCUAACACCUUGUGGGAGGGUGUCGGUCACUUCAUUGACGCUGGAACUGGACCUCGGAAUGCAUUCGGCAACGAUUUUGAUAAUGAAGGCCAUGUUUGGACUCAGAGCUUAUGUCGUAAAGACUCUGAUGGGGACGGCCGUACCAACGGUGAGGAGUUAGGUGAUCCUUAUUGUCUUUGGAAAGAAAACAGCAUCCCGACACAGAGCUACGGUAUUACUCAUCCAGGUAUCUGUGACCCAUGGGAUUCUCAAAUAUGUCUUCAUAAAAAUGUAACCCAUUCACUAUACAAGACACAAGGAGACUGGAUUAAUGCUGUGUGCAAAGCUGGAGAAUUUAUUUGCCCAGCCAAAAAUGAAUCGGGUGUCAGAAGUUUAGACUUAAGAGUGGACUACAACACCAGAGUGCCAGCCAAGGCCACCACCUACAUGUGCCAGAUGUUUGACUUGCAGACGAUGCUUCAGACGUUGGACAAUCACAUGGUGGCUGUUGAACCCAUCAUCAACACAAGGGAGAUCCUGCACCACAUGGUGCUGUAUGGAUGCGAAGAUAGCGAAGCAAUGGUCAAUGGUCCUUACGAAUGUGGGAUGUCCGCUGGCGCUUCGUGCCAAGAUUUUCUGAGUGUCUGGACAGUUGGACUCUCUGGAGAUUGUUCCCACCCCAAGGCUGGUGUGAGAAUUGGUCUAAACGGUUAUAAAAAAGUUGCCAUUCAGCUCCAUUGGAACAACCCAAGCAUACGUUCUGACCUGUUGGACAAUUCUGGCUUGAGAAUCUACUACACACCUAACUUGAGAAUUUAUGAUGCAGGGAUUAUUUUGACCGGCGUAACCAGCUUCUUUUUGCCGCCAAAACGCCAGUCCUUGACCGUGACAAGUACGUGCACAUCCGGGUGUACCAGGAACAAUUACCUAGGAGCAGUCAACGUCACCAUGGCCUGGAACCACAUGCACUACGCAGGUAAAAAGAUGAGUAUUGAAGUGUUGAGGAACAAUGCUCACUUGCUGUAUUUGACCGAUGACCCAAUCUACAGCUAUGAAAGUCCACAAGUCUACUCCUACACAGACAACCCAGUGACUCUCUUGCCCGGGGACGAGAUCAUUACUAAGUGUACAUACGAUACCUCCAAUAGGAACCACUCUACAAGGCAAGGGGAAGCAACAUACGAUGAGAUGUGUUUUGGGUUUAUAACUUACUUCCCGAAGAGAAACCUGAAGACUGAAUACUGCGUGACUAUGGGCCCUGAUGUUAACUUCUGCGAUGAUGUUUCACCACUGAGACAUGGGUGUCCAGAACUUAGGAGCUUUUUUAUGCCGGGAUCAGUGAACUCGUCGUCUGCUUAUAAACAACUUGUUGAGAACUGUCGUCCAUUUAGUCCAUGCCUGGAAGAAUGCCUGCAGGUGAUUGUCCAGAUGCAGCAGAGUAGCCAGUGCUUUCAGGGAGAGCUAUUUGAAUUCAUUAAGUAUGCGAUGUUGUCAUCCCACGAUGUUGGCCUCGACAUGAUGGCCAGAAUAGCCUCUUGUGAGACGCAAGCCUACGCCUUGAUGCACCCAACAAACUACCAACAAUACACUACGAAUUAUCCAAUCUAUACCACUAAGAGGUAUGAUGGGACUGAUGCUGGCCAAGGACCGUUCGCUGCAGCUUCAUUGACCACAGCCACCACCUUCAUGCUGUUAUUGAGUUUGCUAUUAACUGUCGUAUAAUUGAAGCCCAAUGACAAUCGCAUCACAUCCCCCUUUUUUUUUUCUGCUUUACAUUCUAUUAGUUUUUAUGAUUAACAAAUGGAUAUAUAUUUUUUUAUUGGAAAAUAAACUGUUUUAUGUGAAUAAUG